UAAAAGAAGCAAAAAUAGAAAGAGAAAGAGAUGGCAAGACAGGGCGAAGGAGCGAGACGGCACGAAAAGGCCGCUCACACACGUUGCACUUGCAUGACAUACCGCAUCAUACAAAGGAAACGAAACCGCAGGGGCAACAUCAUACCGGGAAAUUUAUAAUAUCAUUUACAACUCCGUCAUUCUCCAUCAUUCAACGUCAGUCUUUCGAAAAGUGGGGGUGUGCAAAUAUGAUCGAAAUUUAAUAUCGACAAUUUAUCGAAAUUGUCGAAAUUUUCACGGUAAAAAGUGAAUGAAAUCGAAAAGCAGAAUGUCCCCCGUGGGCGCCAACAAUUUGUACGACGAGCCCGAGGUUAUGGAGGAGUUCAUCAGCUGUUAUCGCCAUUUCACCGCUUUGUGGGACAGCAGCAGUCCCGAUUAUCUAUCGAAACAGAAGAAGGAGCCCGGCUAUCAGGAGCUCCUGAAGAUCCUGCGACGCGUCAACGGCGGCUGUUCGGUUCAGGAUGUUAAGCGCAAGAUCAACUCGCUGCGAUGCUGCUAUCGUCGGGAAAUCAAGAAGGUCCAGGCCUCUCUGAAUGGCUAUCAGCCGCGUCUCUGGUGGUUCCAUCUGAUGGACUUCCUCAAGCCGGUGCUAAACAUCCAAUCGCCGGUCCGCGUGAAAUCGGAGAGUAUGGACGAUAGUCUCGACGAGACAAGCAUUCAUGACGAUGAUAUGUUUUCGGAGCCCUUUCACACCGAAGAGGAUGUACUGCGUCUUGAGGCCGUGGGCGAUGGCGAGGCGGAGCCAGAACCGGAACUAGAACCGGAACACGAUCAGGAUCCGGAAACAGAGGCGGAACACAAAGUCGACGAUUAUCAGGGGAAUAUCAAGAAUAAUCCGUAUGCCAAUAAUCCGUCGAGUUCCAUAGCUACGGAUAAAACCAAUCGACGUAUCCGUAUCCGGCGAAGACGUAGCAGCAAUGACACCGAUUACGGCGAAACGGGGAGAAAGCGUAGGGUGGAGGAGAUUCCGGAUAGAGACAGAGAUAGGGAUAGGGAAAGGGAGAGAGAUAGAGAUAGAGGCAGGGACAGGGAGAGGGAGAGUGAGAGCGAGAACGAGUGCGAGCUAAUCGGAAGGCGGAUGGCCACCCACUUCCGGCACAUGAGACCCGAUCAGCGACUCUACGCCGAACGGAUCAUCAGCGAGGUGCUCGUCUACGGCCGCAUGAAUCGCCUUUCCUUCGAGGCCCGCUUUCUUCCGGGCCCCAAAUAGGUAUAGCUAUGUAAUAUCAUCU